GCGGAGGAGAGCCACGGAGCCAUUUUGUACUCAUUUUAAACUCAGUGUGGGUUAACGCAGCUGCUGCGCGCCGUGGAUACGCCGAUACUAUGGAUACCAAGCGUCUUUUUCUACGUUAAAACUUCACAAUGAGGGAUAAAAGUAAAGGGCGCUGUUGGGAGAGGGAAAGUUAACGCGUUAGCGGAGGAGUUUCGAUGAAGUUGAAUGGGAUUUGACAGGUUCACAAGCAUGGAGCUACCGAUGUUUUGGAUUUGGGUUUGUGUCCUGUUCAACGUGCAGCUUUCGGGAUGUUUGGAGAUACACCUUUCGGAUACUUUACAGCCUGGGACACUGUUAGCAAACCUGUCCCUUGGACCUGGGUGGACGUCAAAACUUGACAGGACUUUAUCACCCAAAUUCAUCCAGAGCUUUUUCCAAGUUGGGAGACACGAUGGAGUCAUCCGUCUGUCCCACAAAGUUGAGUGUGCGCACACACCGAGGAACCCAGCGCCUGUUUAUUUCAGAACAGGUUCCUUGACAUCUGGGGACGUUAUUCUGACACAGUUUAAUGUGUUUGUCCACGGCCAGGACUGUUUUAUUAAAUACAAGAGAAAGAAAGCGUCAGGUAAGCCAGACAUUCACAUUAAACACCUUUCAAAACUGGAGGCAACUUCCUGCUUGUCCGCAGGUAAAUUGCUAUUGAAUGUAACAGAACUUUUGCCUGCUUUUACGCGCAACACCGCCUUUUUGGACACUUUGUGUGUUGGCAAAGACUUGAGUGCAGUGUUCAGACGUGGGGAUUUGUUCCUGGCCAGUGACUUAUGUAUUGAACACAGAGGACAGCCGGAGUUGAGUUUGCACUGCGCACUGCAGAGCUCUCCAGACGGCAGGCUCUCUGUGCAGCUGAGUUUGACGCUGGUAAAAGUGCCCAAGCAAUAUGGAUCGCUCUCAGAAACCGUCCAGAGAAAGUCCGGCACGUUGAUCCGCAGGGGUAAGCGACAGGCUAACGCGCCUCCCAAGUUCCAGCUCCCCAACUAUCAGGUGUCAUUGCCCGAGAAUGAGCCUGCGGGCACGCGGGUGAUCACCCUGAAAGCCACUGACCCGGAUGAUGGAGAGGCAGGCAGGCUGGAGUACAGCAUGGAAGCCUUGUUUGACAGCAGGUCCAAUGACUUUUUAGAAAUUGACUCUCAGACAGGGAGCAUAACAACUGUACAGUCACUAGACAGAGAAGUGAAAGACACCCAUGUUUUCAAAGUCAUUGUAACUGAUUAUGGCUCUCCCCAAAAAUCUGCCACUUCUUACCUCACUGUCACUGUGAGUGACACUAAUGACCACAGCCCAGUUUUUGAGCAAACUGAAUACCGUGUUAGCAUCCGGGAGAAUGUAGAAGUAGGGUUUGAAGUGAUAACAAUCCGUGCCACUGAUGGGGAUGCUCCAUCCAACGCUAACAUGAUUUAUAAAAUUGUCAACGGUGAUGGAGUUAAUUCUGUAUUUGAAAUCGACCCCCGGAACGGCGUGGUGAAGAUCAAAGAGCGGCCUGAUAGGGAGACCCGGGCCCAGUACCAGCUGACUGUUGAGGCCAACGACCAGGGCAAAGAAAAAGGCCCCCGCAGUGCCACUGCUACUGUCAAAAUCACUGUGGAGGAUGAGAAUGACAACUACCCACAGUUCACUGAAAAGAGAUAUGUUGUACAGAUCCCAGAGAAUGUGGCAGUCAACACCAACAUCAUCAAGGUUGAAGCUACAGACAAAGAUGAAGGCAACAAUGCCAAAGUUCAAUACAGCAUAAUCAGUGGCAAUGUUAGGGGACAGUUCUACAUUCACUCCCCCACAGGUGUAAUUGAUAUCAUCAAUCCUCUGGACUAUGAGAUGAUCCGAGAGUAUAAUUUGCGGAUUAAGGCACAGGAUGGUGGCAGGCCUCCUUUGAUAAAUGGCACAGGGAUGGUGGUGGUUCAAGUGGUGGACGUGAACGACAAUGUCCCCAUGUUCGUCAGCACACCUUUCCAGGCUACUGUGUUGGAAAAUGUGGCCAUUGGAUACUCUGUGAUCCACAUCCAAGCAAUUGAUGGUGACGCUGGAGAAAACGCCCGUUUGGAAUACCGGUUAACUGACACCACGCCUGGUUUUCCGUUCACAAUCAACAACAGCACCGGCUGGAUUACAGUGAGUGAAGAACUUGACAGGGAGACCACUGACUUUUACACAUUUGGCGUAGAGGCAAGAGAUCAUGGGAUACCUGUUAUGUCUUCAUCAGCCAGCGUCAGCAUCACAGUGCUCGAUGUGAAUGACAACAUACCCACAUUUACCGAGAAGGUGUACUCAUUAAAGAUUAAUGAAGAUGCUGUUGUUGGGACCAGUGUACGAACAGUGACGGCUGUAGAUAGGGAUGUCAAUAGUGUGGUUACCUAUCAGAUCUCCAGUGGCAACACCAGGAACCGCUUUGCCAUCACAAGCCAGAGUGGUGGCGGUCUCAUCACUUUAGCCCUCCCCUUGGACUACAAGCAGGAACGCCAGUAUGUCCUGACAGUCACUGCCAGUGAUGGAACACAGUACGACACCGCUCAAGUGUUCCUCAAUGUGACGGACGCCAACACACACCGUCCCGUCUUCCAAAGUGCCAACUACCAGGUGAUGCUCAGUGAAGAAAAACCUGUGGGCUCUACUGUGGUAGUGAUCAGUGCGACGGAUGAGGACACAGGAGAAAAUGCUCGCAUCACGUACGUGAUGGAGGAUAAUGUUCCUCAGUUUAAAAUUGACCCGGAUACAGGGGCCAUCACAACACAAAUGGAGCUUGAUUAUGAAGACCAGGCCUCCUACACGUUAGCAAUCAUUGCCAGAGACAAUGGCAUCCCCCAGAAAUCUGAUACCACCUAUGUGGAGAUUAUCAUCGCCGAUGCCAAUGAUAAUACUCCUCAGUUUCUAAGGGACAGAUAUCAGGGGACUGUAUUAGAAGAUGCACCUGUCCGCACCAGCGUUCUCCAGAUUUCUGCUUCAGAUAGAGAUUCUGGCCCAAAUGGUAGAUUGAGCUAUACAUUUCAGGAUGGCGAUGACGGAGAUGGGGAUUUCUUCAUAGAAUCUUCCUCUGGUAUCAUCAGAACUUCUCGCAAACUGGACCGAGAGAAUGUUCCUGUUUACAAUCUGAAGGCCUAUGCUGUAGAUAGGGGGGUUCCACAGCUAAAAGCAGCUGUUCCUAUUCAUGUGGUUGUCCAAGACAUUAAUGACAAUGCUCCAGUGUUUGAAAAGGAUGAGCUGUUUAUUGACGUGGAGGAGAACAGCCCGGUGGGGUCCGUUGUGGCCCGGAUCUCUGCCACCGACCCUGACGAGGGCACAAAUGCUCAGAUCAUGUACCAGAUUGUAGAAGGGAAUAAUCCAGAAGUUUUCCAGCUAGACAUUUUUAACGGUGACCUCACCGCACUCAUAGACCUGGAUUAUGAGACUAAAACGGAGUAUGUCAUCGUGGUCCAGGCCACCUCAGCACCACUAGUGAGCCGGGCCACUGUGCACAUCCGCCUUAAAGACAUGAAUGACAAUGAGCCAGUGCUGCAUAACUUUGAGAUUAUUUUCAACAACUACAUCACCAACAAAUCUAACAGUUUUCCAUCAGGAAUAAUAGGAAAGGUUCCAGCACAUGACCCGGAUGUAUCGGAUAAACUGCGGUAUAAAUUUGAAUCUGGGAACGAGCUCAAUCUGCUGCUGCUGAACGCCGACACUGGGGAUCUGAGGUUGAGCCGAGACCUGGACAAUGACAGGACCCUGGAAGCCCCCAUGACCAUCUCCGUGUCAGACGGUAUCCAUCACGUUGUGGCCCUCUGCACGCUGCGUGUCACCAUCAUCACUGACGACAUGUUGACCAACAGCAUCACGGUGCGUCUGGAGAACAUGUCCCAGGAGCGCUUCCUCUCGCCCCUGCUCAGCCUCUUCCUCGAGGGCGUAGCGGCCGUGCUCUCCACCACACGGGAGGCAGUUUUCGUUUUCAACAUCCAGAACGACACUGACGUGCAGGGCUCCAUCCUCAACGUAACAUUUUCCGCGCUUCAACCCGGAGGCGCUGCGGGUAAAGGGACGUUCUUCCCUUCUGAGGAGCUGCAGGAGCAUAUCUACCUCAACAGGACCCUGCUCAGGCUCAUAUCCUCUCAGGAGGUGUUGCCGUUUGACGACAACAUCUGCCUGCGGGAGCCCUGUGAGAACUACAUGAAGUGUGUGUCGGUGCUCAAGUUCGACAGCUCCCCUCCCUUCAUCGCCUCCGACACGGUUCUGUUCAGGCCGAUCCACCCCAUCAACGGGCUGCGCUGCCGCUGUCCGCUGGGCUUCACCGGGGACUACUGCGAGACCGAGAUCGACCUCUGCUACUCAGGGCCCUGCAAGAACAACGGGAGAUGCCGCAGCAGAGAGGGGGGGUACACCUGCGAGUGCCAGGAAGACUUCACGGGCGAGCACUGUGAGCUGAAUGCAUCCUCCGGCCGCUGUGAACCCGGUGUGUGUAAGAACGGCGGCAUGUGUGUCAACCGGCUGGCGGGAGGUUUCAUGUGCCAGUGUCCACAGGGAGAGUUCGAGAAUCCGUACUGUGAGAUGACCACCCGCAGCUUCCCCGGACAGUCCUUCAUCACCUUCAGAGGCCUGAGGCAGAGGUUCCACUUCACCGUCUCCUUCACGUUUGCUUCCAGAGAGAGGAACGCUCUGCUUCUCUACAAUGGCCGAUUCAAUGAGAAGCACGACUUCAUCGCUCUGGAGAUUGACGAGCAGAUUCAGCUCACAUUCUCUGGAGGUGAGACAAAGACCACAGUGUCUCCAUACAUCCCAGGGGGGGUCAGCGACGGCCAAUGGCACUCGGUCCAGCUUCAUUACUACAACAAGCCAAACAUUGGGCGUCUUGGCAUCCCCCAUGGACCCUCUGGAGAAAAGGUGGCUGUGGUUGCUGUGGACGACUGUGACAUCUCCAUGGCGAUACGUUUCGGAAAGCAGAUCGGAAACUACUCCUGCGCUGCCCAGGGCACCCAGACCGGACAGAAGAAGUCACUGGACUUGACUGGUCCGCUGUUGCUAGGCGGGGUUCCCAACCUACCUGAGGACUUCCCGGUCAGGAACAGGGACUUUGUGGGCUGCAUGAGAAACCUCACCAUCGACAGCAAACCCAUCGACAUGGCCAGCUACAUCGCCAACAACGGCACCGCGGCAGGUUGUCCAGCAAAGAAAAACUUUUGCACGGACGAUGUGUGCCAGAACGGAGGAGUGUGUGUCAGCAAGUGGAGUACGUACAGCUGCGACUGCCCAACCGGUUAUGGAGGCAAGAAUUGUGAACAAGUGAUGCCUUCUCCUCAGUUCUUCGACGGCCAGGCUCUGAUCUCCUGGAGCGAGAUGGACAUCACCGUGGCUGUUCCCUGGUACAUGGGCCUCAUGUUUCGCACCAGGCAGCCUGCUGGCACCCUGAUGCAGGUCAACGCCGGAGCCUACUCCACCAUCAACCUCAUGGUGAGUGAGCAACAGGUCCGUAUGGAGGUGUUGCUGAGGGACCAGCUGGUAGCGUCCCUUAGCUUCCCCAAAGUUCGGGUCAAUGACGGGGAGUGGCAUCACCUGCUGGUAGAACUGAGAAGCGUUAAAGACGGAAAAGACAUCAAAUACAUGGCUUCUGUUUCUCUGGACUACGGCGUUUAUCAGAAGUCAGUGGAGAUCGGUAAUGAACUUCCAGGAUUGAAGCUGCAAACUCUUCAUUUAGGAGGUUUGCCUGGAGAUGGAAACCAUGUCAGAAAAGGAUUUGUCGGAUGCAUCCAGGGUGUGCGUAUGGGCGAGACGUCUACCAAUAUUGCCAACGUGAACAUGGCUAAGGGCUUGAAGAUCCACGUGGAGGACGGCUGUGACGUGGCCGACCCCUGUGACUCCAACAUCUGCCCUGAGAACAGUCACUGCAGCGAUGACUGGAGCACACACACCUGUGUCUGCGACCCAGGUUAUUUUGGUAAGGAGUGUGUGGAUGCUUGCCAGCUCAACCCCUGUGAGCAUGUUUCCACCUGCGUUCGUAAACCAAGCUCCUCCCACGGCUACACCUGUGACUGUGGACAGAACCACUUCGGCCAAUACUGUGAAAACAAAGUGGAGAAACCGUGUCCUCAGGGCUGGUGGGGCAGUCCGAUGUGUGGACCCUGUCACUGUGAUACUAACAGAGGAUUUCAUAAAGACUGCAACAAGACCACUGGAGAGUGUCGCUGCAAGGAAAACCACUAUCGGCCAGAAGGCGAGGACACCUGCUACCCCUGCGAGUGUUUCUCUAUUGGCUCAGAGUCUCGAACAUGUGACGCCAUCACCGGGCAGUGCCCCUGCAAAGGAGGAGUCAUCGGGCGCCAGUGUAACCGCUGUCAUAACCCCUUCGCUGAAGUCACUCCCACUGGAUGCGAGGUGGUGUACGAGGUCUGUCCCAAGGCGUUUGAUGCAGGCAUCUGGUGGCCAAAGACCAAAUUCGGACGCCCCGCCGCAAUAAACUGUCCAAAGGGAUCUAUUGGUACUGCUAUCCGCCAUUGCAGCGAGGAAAAGGGCUGGUUAUCUCCUGAGCUCUUCAACUGCACCACGGUCACCUUCUCCCAUCUGAAGAAACUGAAUGAAGACCUGCGGCGCAACAGCUCCAGGAUGGACAGUGAGCACUCCAAGACCAUCGUGCGCAUGCUGCACAGCGCCACCAACAACACCCAGCAUUACUACGGCAACGACGUGAAGACGGCCGCCCAGCUGCUGAACCACGUGCUGCAGUACGAGAGCCGGCAGGCGGGCUUCGACCUCACCGCCAUGAGGGAUGCAGAGUUCAAUGAGAACUUGGUGCGUGCAGGUAGCGCCAUACUGGAUCCUGACACCAAGGAGCACUGGGAUCAGAUCCAGAAGACUGAAGGUGGCACCGCCCAUCUGCUGCACAACUUCGAGGAAUACACCAACACCCUGGCACAGAACGUUAGGAAAACGUACCUGAAACCCUUCACCAUCGUCACUGACAACAUGAUUCUGACCGUGGAUUACCUGGAUGUGUCGGAUCCGGAGAGGGCGACGCUGCCUCGGUUCCAGGACAUCCAGGAGGAAUACUCCAAAGAGCUUGGCUCAUCCGUCCACUUCCCGCAGUUCAACCUCCGCACUCAUUCCCACAGAGUGGAGCCCACCCCUGCCCUGCCUACUCAGACCGAUGCCCCACAGAAGGAAGAGCAAACAGUAUCUGACAGGAAACGACGCUAUCUUGAGCCAGCUGCCCCUUUGCCAGUUGCCGUGGUUAUAGUGUAUAAAACAUUAGGGAAACUCCUUCCGGAAAGAUACGACCCGGACCGCAGGAGUAUGAGGAUCCCCAACCGCCCAGUGAUCAACACAGCCAUAGUGAGCGCCUCGGUGCACAGCGAGGGUCCGCCUCUUCCUCCCAUCCUGGACCCCCCCAUCACCCUGGAGUACACCAUGCUGGAGACGGAGGAGAGAACCAAACCUGUGUGUGUCUUCUGGAACCACUCCAUCGCGAUCGGAGGUACAGGCGGCUGGUCGGCUAAAGGCUGCGAGGUGCUCAACAGGAACAACAGCCACAUCAGCUGCCAGUGUAACCACAUGACCAGCUUCGCCGUGCUCAUGGACAUUUCAAAGAGAGAGCACGGUGACGUUCUCCCUCUGAAGAUCGUCACCUACACCACGGUGUCCGUCUCCCUGUUCCUCCUCCUCCUCACCUUCAUCUUGUUGUGCCUGUUGCGCCGGCUCCGCUCCAACCUCCACGCCAUCCACAGGAACCUGGUGGCAGCGCUCUUCUUCUCUGAACUCGUCUUCCUGCUCGGCAUCAAUCAGACGGACAACCCGUUUGUGUGCACGGUGAUAGCCAUCCUCCUCCACUACUUCUACAUGUGCACCUUCGCCUGGAUGUUCGUGGAGGGGCUGCACAUCUACCGCAUGCUGACAGAGCUGCGGAACAUCAACCACGGCCACAUGAGGUUCUACUACGCCAUGGGCUGGGGCAUACCGGCUAUUAUCACUGGUUUGGCAGUAGGUCUUGACCCCCAGGGUUACGGGAACCCAGAUUUCUGCUGGCUUUCCGUCCAUGACACACUCAUCUGGAGCUUCGCAGGACCCAUCUUUGUAGUCGUCCUGGUGAACAUAGUGAUCUUUAUCCUGGCUGCGAAGGCUUCCUGUGGUCGCAGGCAGAAGGAUGUGGAGAAGUCAGGAGCUAUUCCUGCACUACGAAUGGCCUUCCUCCUGCUGCUCUUCAUCAGCGCCACCUGGAUGCUCGGCCUCCUGGCGGUCAACAGCGACGUCAUGACAUUCCACUACCUGUUUGCCGUCUUCAGCUGCCUGCAGGGGGUCUUCAUCUUCUUCUUCCACAUCAUCUUCAACAGAGAGGUGAGGAGAAACCUCAAGAACAUCUUCACAGGGAAGAAGAGCAUUCAGGACGAAUCCAGCACCACCAGGGCCUCUUUGCUCACACGCUCUCUCAACUGCAACAACACGUACACAGAAGACGGCGCCCUGUACCGCUCGGGCAUCGGAGAGUCCACCGUAUCCCUGGACAGCACACUCAGGUCAGCCAAGAGCCGCAGCAGCUACCUGGCUUACACACUCAGGGAGGAAUCUGGUCAGAAGCCCAGUGUCUCUUCAGGAACAGCUAAAGGGUUAGCACACACAGAUCUGGACGGACCUCUGUUCCACAGAAAGGGCACCAAGGGAGAUGACUCGGACUCAGACAGCGAACUGUCAGGCGACGAACACAGCUCCUCCUACGCCUCCUCCCACUCCUCCGACAGCGAGGAGGAUGACAUCAACGUCAAGCCCAAGUGGAACAACGAGAGGCAGCCCGUUCACAGCACGCCAAAAGGGGCGUGUCCUGUGGAAUCAGUAUCCAAUCACGUGAAGCCUUACUGGCCGGCAGACGCCACCACAGCCAGUGACAGUGAGGACCCCGGGGCAAACAGGCUGAGGGUGGAGACCAAGGUGAACGUGGAGCUGCAUCAGGAGAAUAAGCUCAACCACACUGGGGAAAGAGAGAGGGAAACUCCUGCUGAGAACGCCAGGGACGCAGCGCCCGCUAGCACACCGCACGGCAACAGCAACCACCACCCGGAGCAGAGGAAAGGUAUCUUAAAGAACAAGAUCAGCUACCCUCCGCCGCUGACCGACAAGAACAUGAAGAACCGUCUGAGGGAGAAGCUGAGCGACUACAACACCCCCACCAUCACCUCCUCUCCCCCCAACAACAACCACACCUCUUCCCCGGCUCUCUCCUCCGUCAACAUCAUGACCCCCUCGUCCCGCCCGCCCUCGCUGGCCUCCAACGACGGCUCUCGCCCCGGGAACCACGACAACGGCACCAUCAUCAAGCCGCCCGUCGCCCCGCGGCCGCAGAUCAGUGCCGGGCCCCCGCCCCCCGCCAUCUACAAGGAGACCAACGGGGGGGUAGCAAUGCACUUGAAGUCAGGGACGGUGAAUGGAGACAACGAGUCUGACUCAGAUGGCAGUAACGAGACUUCGAUCUGACCUGUUAGGAAAACCCAGACCAGCCUGCCCUUGUGAGAGGAGGAGCAAAGACCUGCUGGGAGAGGAGAGGAAAGAGCCAAGAGGAUGGGAACAAAAUAAAGGAAAAGUGAAGACGGACAGAUGCUGAGAAUUGGGUGAAAAGGGGGGAACGUUUUCUCCGUACCUGAAUCCCUUCUCAAGUUCCCUCUCCCUGGAGAGCAGUAUUAAUUGAAGACUUUAACACUGCCCAAGGCAGGAAAGAAAGCAGAGAUAAUGAAAAGGUGUGAGAAAUAAUAAAGGGAAUGAUGGACUGUACAAAGAGAGGAUGCUGUGGAGCCAUGUGUGCCAAAACCACUGUCGGAGAAUCAGAAGAUGAAGCCCCAAAAGGAUGUUCCUCCAUGGUGAUCAUGUCGCCCGAUCAAUGGGCAAAGUUAGCAAAGGGCAGAUAAAUAAUCACUACAUGAACUAAGACUUAAAUACAUGCUGGUGCAUUUGUAGUCCUAAAGGAUUCUAAGGACUACAAGUCCCUUGAAAUGUCAGAAACAUUCGACGAUGACACCAGACAGCGCUGUCACACACCAAGUGCUCUUUUUAUUGUUUGUUUGUUUUUUUACUCAAAUGAGGCUUUCAUAGACUCUCAAUGCCGUGCAUUUAGACUGUAAUUAACAUGUAGAUAUUGUUUAAGGUGAAGAAGAAAUGAUCUAUUUUGUAUUUCAGCUGUAGCGAGGAUACGUUUCUUUACUAAAAAAUCAUUUUGGGAAAGCUUUCCACUUGUGAAAAUCACUCGAUAUGCUGGUUAAAUCAACAGAGAAUGUCCCUGAAUUAAGGCCUUACACAAACAAACUGUAUGCCACUUUCACAAAAACACACAUUAUGGAUAGAAGGCGUUAUGUUUGGAAGUGAAAGUGACCUAGAAUGUACAUGCACACAGUGGGCCUAAAUGAACUAAUUAUGUAGAAUUGAGAGGACUUCCCCCUCCUGUUGAAAAGUCAGCUUUUCAUUUCGAGCACUAUGAACCUGAAGCCUUCUUUUCCAGUGUCCAUCCUGCCUGUUUGUUCACAGCAAAACACUCCUGGUUACCAAAAACAUGACCUACAGUAGAUGUGCACAUUAGGGUUGGAGUCAGUUUCACUUUUAACUCACAAAAAAUGAGGGUUAGGGUUAUUUGAUGGAAUAAAAACAUGGCAUAUGACUAGAAUAAAAAAAAUCUACUAUAUUACCCUUUUCAAACACUCGUUGAUGGAUUUCUUUUUUAAAAUUCAGUUUUUUUAAGCCAAACAUGACAGACAAAGUCAGAUUUUCUCAAUCUGAGUUCAAAGUGAAAAUGAUGCCAGCUCUAUGUAUUUCGAUUCUAGUAUUAGGCAACUUAAAGUCUUGUUUACCACCCACUGAAUGCCUUUGUACCAUACGUACAACCCCAGUGUUUAUCCCUCCUGUAAUCAGUUCUGUUGAUACAUGUUCUUGUUUUUUUUUUAUAGAUCCAAGACACUGGAAAUGUUUUGUAACAUAAUGUAUAUUUAUUUUUUAUGGUUUCAAGACACUGGAAAGAAAACAUGAUUGACUGUAAAAUUAAAGACCUGAUGAUGAAUUUUUAA